GGCUCAGACUAGAGGAGUCCCCAGUACUGCUUCAGCAGUGCAGGCUGGAAAAUACAAACUUCUUUAAAAAGAUUUACUCAACACAAUCAACACCUCACGGUUUUAUAACAAGGACUGCUGUCAACUACAUGGAACCUACUAAUGUGUGAUUUAAUUUUUUUUUAUUUUAUUUUAUUUUUUUUUUUUAUUUUUAAUUGAAGAAUAAAUGUUGCACAAGACACUGCAUCUAAAAAUACAACGGUCGUUUUGGUGUUGAUGAGUUACAAGCUGGGCACUUGCACAGGAGUAGUGCUGAAAUCCAUGAAGCGCAACUGUACAUUUUAAGUAACCAACUGGACUUUGGGAUUGUAAUGCCAGUCUUUUGACACUGAAUUAGCUUGUUAAUUGUGGUCUGAGUAAGGCCAAGAAUUAAAAACGGGACUAAAAUAAGCACUUAAAGAAUUAAGAAAGAUGUCACAUUUUUUUACAAGAAGAUUUUAAGUGACUUGAGCUUGUGGAAGGAAAAAAAAAUCUUCAAGAAGUCUUCAAGAUGGCAUAUCUUCACACACUCCGCUUGGUUCUGAUUUUGGCAUUAGGGCUGCCAGAAGCAGUGGUAUCCUGUCCUCAUCCUUGUGCCUGUUACCUGCCCACUGAAGUGCACUGCACUUUCAGAUCUUUGAUAAAAGUGCCUGCCAGAAUUCCCAAACAUGUAGAAAGAAUCAAUUUAGGGUUUAACACUAUAAACUCAAUAACCGAAAGCUCCCUUGCUGGACUCAGAAAACUGGAACUGCUCAUGAUUCAUGGAAAUGACAUACACAAUAUACCUAACGCAGUCUUUAAAGAUUUGAUAUCAUUACAGGUGCUCAAAAUGAGUUAUAACAAAUUAAACGUUAUAACUGGACAAACCUUUCAGGGACUAUCAAGUUUGAUGAGAUUGCAUGUGGACAACAACAAGAUUGAAUUUAUUCACCCUGAUGCAUUUAGCGGGAUGACCUCAUUGCAGCUGGUCCAACUUGAAGGGAACCUCCUCAAGCAGCUUCACCCCAAUACCUUUGCGACAUUUUCAUUCUUACAGUAUUUUAAAAUGUCGACAGUAAGGCACCUUUAUUUGUCUGAUAAUGCCAUUAGGACACUCCCCAGUGAAAUGUUCAGAACUCUGCCCCUACUGGAGAAUGUCUAUCUUCAUGGAAAUCCAUGGACAUGUGACUGCAGAUUGAACUGGCUUCUGAACUGGAAUAAAAACACAGGAGGUGUUUUAAAGUGCAAAAAGGAUAAAGCCUAUGAAGGGGGGCAGGUGUGCCCAAUGUGCUCCAAACCCAAGCAGCUAACAAAGAAGGAGAUCAUGCAGCUAGAUGAUGUUUCUUGCACUAGACCAACUAUUCAGUCACCACUAAAGCACAGCACCAGCUCACCGGGGGAAGACAACGAAAGUGAACUAAUGUCUAUGGAAGAAUAUCAGGAGCCAUUUGGAAAUGUUACACUGAAUAUGACAGAUGAGCAUGGGAACAAAGUAGACUUGAAAUGCCGAAUCAACUCCCCAAGCGAUUCUACCAAAAUUAAAUGGGACCACAUUAAUCCACAGCAGAUCGCUAUUAAUAUGACUCUUUCACUUGAUGUGGAAUGCUCGAUAGAUCGUGAAAGGUAUGAAAAAUUAUGGAAGCUUAUCGCAUACUACAGCGAAGUACCUGUUCACUUAGAAAAAGAAAUUAUGCUGAGCAAAGAACCACAUUUAAGCUUCAGGUAUAAGCAAGAUAUUGAAAAGGAUGCAUACUAUUUUACAGGCGUGAAAGCAAAUAUCUUAGCCCAGCCUUCCUGGCUGAUGCAAUCGUCUGUCAACAUACAGUUAAACAGAAAGCAGUCAACCACAAAGAAUAUAAAGCUAGCUUUUGUUACUCACUUUUCACAAACUCUCGAUACAGAAAUUACAAAGCGACAGAGAAGCAAAUGGGUCAUGAUAGAAUCGAAAGAAGAGACAAAAACAGUUGUGAGUGUAGUUGCCGGGACUUUGUGUCAGCUGAACUGCAAUGUCCUGAGCUCGGGGGAUCCUUCGAUACAGUGGAUGUUACCAGAUGGCACUAAAGUGCAGGCUCCACACAACAGCAGAGAUAACAGAAUUUCAAUUUCUACCAGUGGUAAACUGAUCAUUAAAGCAGUGGACCAUUCAGAUUCUGGUGUUUAUUACUGCAUUGCACAAGUCAAGGGCGAUCUAGAUAUAAUGGCUUUUCGGGUGUCAGUGCAGGAGACAACAGUUCAGUCUUUUGCAGGAGAAGGGAGUUCCCUAACUAAAUAUACCGGUGAACCUAUUGCUGUGUCAUGCAACGCUUCUGCUAUACCCGAUGCACAACUUGAUUGGAUUCUUCCAAACAAUAAUAUUGUAAAUGUUUAUUCAAACACAACUAGAGGUUAUGUGUUUCAAAAUGGCACACUAUUCAUACAGCAGAGCCAGAUCAGUGACAGUGGGUAUUACAGGUGCGUAGCUGUAAAUCAGCAUGGGGUAGAUACAUUUGCAACCAAGAUAACAGUUAUAAGGAAAAGAGCGACACGUCCAUCCAAAAGGAUUUCCAUGAAACCGCAGUCUGUUUCAGGGAUCUCCACAAAAAUUAGAGUAAGAGUGAGUGAGGAUGAAGAGGCGUCUGGAGAUUCGAACUUUCAGCAACCCCAAGAUGAAAGGUUAUCCAGCAAAAGUGACACAGGGAGUGAAAGUGGAGGUAAUCACAGUAAAACACCUGGGUAUCGAAAUAGAAAUUCUGGAAGGAGAUUGAGGAUAAAGAGCAGAUUAAAACCGAAAGGAAGCGCUGUGCCAGAAGAUCAACGGACAUUUGAUGCAAGGAGAAGAGUUAACGUGUCAAAUAAUAAAAUUGAUCCGCAACGGUGGGCGGACAUUUUGGCGAAGAUGCGUGAAAGGACUGCUGCAAAAACAACAACAUCACCAUCAUCAGACGAUGGUGUAGUUUCUAGAACAACAUCAACCAAAAAUGUUAAGAAAAUUAAGUCCUCGGGAUCUAAACAUUUGAAUACAAAUGAACGGGAGUCCUCAGAUAACGCAGACGAAUUAUCCACAGAUGAGACCAAUUUUAAAAACGAACUUUUUCCAAUAACUACGCCGGAAAGUAGAUUUAACCAAGACAACAGUCGCUUGGCUGCAGAACCCACAUAUUCAAAUAAGGAGAUUGACCACACUUACCAAAUCUCUGCUCCCCAAACUUACACAGACUUGAAUAUCGUGAGUACAACCAAUACUCAUAUUUUACAGUCAACCUCUGUCCCACAGGAAACAAAAGACUUUGUAGACUCUUUCCAGGAAAAUGAUGAACAAGAUCCAAAAACAUCAAUGGCCACUACCAUACGCAGUAUGGAUAUACGACAAAACCAAAUUGGCACAUUGGAAAGAAAUACUGUUUUUAUUGUUUCAAGCAUUUCAUUAGUUUCUUUAAGCACAACGGAGCCUGAAAGGUCAUCAAAGCAAAUUACUUUUUCUACUACAGAUUCAGCAUUAAAUGAAGAAGGAAUCCAAGGCAUAUUUAAAGCAGGCAGUAUUACACCAUCAUUUGCUGAUGUUACUAUUACAGAAGCACCCAGUCCAUUUAGCAGAACAUCCACUACAGAAAAUAUAUCAAAGCAAAAGAAUGAACAAAACCAUCAUAGUACACAUGAAUCAGGAAACCCAGUAAGUGCAAUAAACACACAUGUGUCUUCUGAAACUAUCAAAAGCACAGUAGCUAGCACUACAACAGAGACAACCCAGGUUAAUUCAUCCACAUCAUAUUCUCAUCAGAGACCAUAUUCAAGGAGAAGGCUUGGUAACAGAAGAAGAUACAGACCAAGACCAAGACCAGGCCAAGUUAUUCCACCUAGACCUACAACUACGAUGAAAACAGAAAUGUUUGUAACACAUGCAACUGAGAGAACAUCUUUACCAGUUAUAGCUCUUACUACUUCACAAACAUCAAUGGUGAUGCAGUCUACAAACAUCAAAUCCGAAAUUAGAGACUCUGAAUUAGAAAGACAACUUCCAAAGACAUCAUAUAAUACUAAACCAACAACUACCUCUACUGUGUAUAUGUCACCAAAUCAGACAUCUACAAAUACUGUUGUUCAGAUAGUGAACACAGACUAUGAAGGUAGGCCUGGUGUAAUGUCCAAUAGCUUUAUCAGAAGUACAAAUCCUCCUGUUAACAACGUGAUCGUCAAAUCAAACUCCCCAGCUACACAGAGUUCCACAAGUAGUACAUCUGUUACACCCAUAGUUUCAAGAACUUUUGGGUCAACCAUCUCAGGAAGGGGACCUGACAAAACUAUUAAAAUCCAAGUUGCUACAGAAGCUGUUCCUAUGUCUACACCAUAUGUAGGAAGUUCAUUGGCAAUCAGUCCAACAGACUUUAUAAACGUUGGUGUUACCACAACAAAAGCUCUUGACCUAAUUAUCACCACAACACCUAACCCAGGAACUAUUCAGAAUCCUAAGAGGUGGCUGUCAGAUAAGGAAAACCAGCAUAAAAACAUUCCAAAAUUAGUUUAUUCUGGUCAGGCUACAAAUCAUACUGUGACACCUGCAGAAGAUGAGCCUGCAAUACAAAAAUAUACUAUAGGAGUACAGCCAAUCCAACCUUACUCCUCAGUAGCUCCCAGCAGUACUAGCGAACAUUAUUCAAAAAUUCCAACCGUACAGGUCGAUCAGACCCCUAAAUCCCAUAUAAAACCAAAUACAUCUAAUAUAAAUGCACACGUGAAAAAUAAAGAGAUACGAAAAACAUAUGGAGGAGAAGGAUUCAAUAACAGCCUUCUAGUAACAGCUAAUAAACCCAGUAUAUUUACUAGCUCUAACCAAGGUUUUGUUUUUAUGAAACAUAAUGCUGUUAAAGUAACAACAAGACCUCCCAUUCCAUUUACCAGAUCCUGGCCACAGAAUCCUAAAAUAAAUACGUCUUUCACCAACAAACCAGAAAUAAUAGCAUUUGCAGGUCAGGCCCCAUCACCAAGGAAAAAUUACGUCUCCAUCACCAUGCCAACAACAAGACCAGCAACAACUUCAGCUUCUCCACCAUACAGACCACAUCUGCCUUUCCCCAAUAGACAUUCCAACAGGCUACAAACUGGACCUAUAGCAGGCUCAAGAAACUUUGGAUCAAAUUACAUCCCUGACAGGCAAGGUACUGGUGUUAGACUGCCAAGCAUAAAUCAAAGGUACCCAUAUUAUCAGAAUGGAAAAAAUCCUUACAUGGUACAGAAACCAAGCCUGCCCAAGACACCCACUAGGACCAAACCACCUGCUACUACUGCCACAACACAAUCUAAAGAACAAAGUACAGUUCCAGUCAGAGCAUCAACAGUCUCAACACCUAGACCUGCUACUAGUGCUUCACUUUUAGGAGAAAGGACAACCACUACGACAGUGGCAAGUAGCACCAGAAUCCCACCAAUAACAAGAACUACGUCACUCGUUACAACUACCACUCGCCUACACUGGAACGGUGUCUAUAACCACAGGCUCCCAAAUGCCUCAUUCAUUCCAAAAGUAGAAACACCUAUUCAAAAUGGCUUAAGCAUACCUCGUCCUUCACCCAAUAUAAGAGACUAUCGAGGAAGACCUCAAAUCACCACAAACAACCAGCAUACAGUGUCCGUUCAAGCUGAAAUGGAUGCUGUGCUUCCAUGCGAUACUGUGGGAGAACCCAAACCUUUCCUUACAUGGACUAAAGUAUCUACUGGAGCUGUGAUUGCAAUUAACAGAAAGAUCCAAAGAUUUGAAGUACUGAAAAAUGGGACUUUUGUGAUUCAAAAUGCUCAACUUCAGGACCGUGGACAGUACCUUUGCACUGCGCAAAACCAAUAUGGUGUGGAGAAAAUGAUAGUUACGUUAAUUGUUUUAGCUCAGCAGCCAAGAAUGCUUGUAUCCCGCUAUCAAGAUGUUACGGUUUAUCUUGGAGACACUGCAAACAUGGAGUGCAGGGCACAAGGACUGCCAAUCCCUCAUAUUUCAUGGAUAUUACCAGACAGAACAAUCAUUCGUGCAGCCACACAAACUGGCAGUCGAAUAAUGUUGUUUGAAAAUGGAAGUUUAAGUGUCACAUCCACUAAUUUUCCAGACAGAGGAAUUUACAAAUGUAUAGCAAGCAACGCAGCUGGGGCAGACAGCCUAUCUGUCAGGCUUCAUAUUGCAGCAUUGCCUCCUAUGAUUCAGCAACAAAGGAGUGAGAACUUUACUCUUGUGGAAGGACAGACUGUUUACAUUCACUGCACUGCCAAAGCUGCUCCUCUGCCUAACGUGCGAUGGAUCCUCUUCGAUGGAACACAGAUCCGACCGUCUCAGUUUGUGAAUGGCAACUUGUUUGUUUUCCCCAAUGGAACCCUGUACAUACGCAACUUAUCCUCCAGAGACAGUGGGAAUUAUGAAUGCAUGGCAAGCAAUGCAGUUGGGGCUUCCAGAAGGACAGUAAGUGUGACAGUAAAGAAGAAAACGACCACAGCAAAAAUUACAGCAACAUCGCCUCAGAGAACAGAUGUCACUUAUGGCGGUGCGCUGAGACUGGACUGCUCUGCUUCAGGUGAUCCAGGUCCAAGAAUAAUAUGGAGAGUGCCUUCAAAGAAACUUGUUGAUACACAAUACAGUUUUGAUCCCAGAAUAAAAGUGUAUAUUAAUGGAACAUUAGUGGUUCUGAUGGUUACUGAAAAAGAUGAAGGAGACUACUUGUGUGUUGCCAGAAACAAGAUGGGAGAUGAUUAUGUGCUACUGAAAGUUAAUGUGAUGAUGAAGCCUGCAAAGAUUGAAUACAAACAAGAAACCAACAAGAAGGUGACGUAUGGAGGAGAUUUGAAAGUUGACUGCAUAGCUUCAGGGCUGCCCGACCCUGACAUCACCUGGGGUCUUCCUGAUGGUACUAUGGUCAACAGUGUAAUGCAGUCAGAUGACAGUGGAAUACGCACCAGAAGAUAUGUGGUUUUCAACAAUGGCACCCUUUACUUCAAUGAAGUUGGAAUGAGAGAGGAAGGGAACUAUACCUGCUAUGCAGAAAACCGGAUGGGAAAAGAUGAAAUGAAAGUCCAUGUCAAGGUGGUGGCUGAUUCCCCAGCAAUCAAAAAUAAAACAUACUCUGUUGUAAACGUGCCAUACGGCCAACCUAUUUCGUUGAAAUGCAAUGCAAAAGGAGAACCUGCCCCCAGGAUAAUUUGGCUUUCUCCAACCAACCGAAUCAUCCCAGCUUCAUCUGAUAAGUAUCAGGUACAGAAUGAUGGUACGCUUCUGAUACAGAAGGCCCAAAGGUUUGAUAAUGGAAACUACACCUGCCUUGCUAAAAACUCAGCAGGGGAGGAUAAAAAAGUAAUCAGAGUGGAUGUUCAUGUUGCUCCGCCAUCUAUUAAUGGCCAUAGAAAUGCAGUGAACACAAUUAAGCAAACAGCAAUCAAAGAGCAACACAAACUAUUGGACUGUAAAGCUGAAGGGAUGCCGCUCCCCCGCGUAAUGUGGCUUUUGCCAGAAAAUGUUGUUCUUCCUGCACCGUACUAUGGAAGCAGGAUCACAGUGCAUCGUAAUGGAACGCUUGACAUUAAAUCCAUAAGGAAAACUGAUGCGGUGCAGUUGGUCUGCAUCGCACGCAAUGAAGGAGGGGAGGCCAGGCUUAUUAUAGACCUAGAUGUUACAGAAAACUUGGAGAAACCUGUACUUAAGAACCCACUAAAUGAGACUUUGGCAUUAACUGUUGGUACCACUGUAAGAAUGAAUUGCUCCGCAGAGGGUAGACCAACACCAGAAAUUGUCUGGAUCCUUCCUAAUGGAUCACAGCUUACUAGUGGCAAUCAGUUAUACAGAGUGUACCACGGACAGGAUGGUACCUUGCACAUCAGCAGUCCCUCUGUCACAGAAGCAGGCACUUAUCGCUGCUUGGCAAAGAAUGAAGCAGGGCAGACAGAAAGAACGGUCUCAUUAAUAAUUGGUAAAAAAACAGAGAUUAAUAACCAAUACACUGGUUUGGUAAGCAUCAUUAACGGGGAAAACCUACUACUCCACUGUAGUGCUGGUGGAAAUCCCACACCCAAACUUUUCUGGACAUUACCCAACGGGAUGAUUCUUAGCCGUCCUCAAACAGUGGGCCGCUAUGCAGUUCUUCAAAAUGGAACUCUUACUGUUCAACAUGCAUCCGUUUAUGACAGAGGGACCUAUUCUUGCAAGUCAGUCAAUGAAUAUGGAACCUCUCUCAUGAGUGUUCCAGUGAUAGUCAUAGCGUACCCACCGCGGAUUACCAAUGGGCCAGCGCCGGUGACGUAUGCCAGACCCGGACCAGCAAUCCAGUUAAAUUGCAUGGCCAUAGGAAUUCCUAAGGCAGAUAUAACAUGGGAGCUGCCAGACAAAACACGUCUAACAGUGUCAUCUCAUGCACGGCUGUUCGGCAACAAGUACCUCCACCCUCAAGGUUCACUAAUUAUCCAGAAGCCAUCCCAGAUGGACACAGGUUUUUACAAAUGCACUGCUAAAAAUCUAAUAGGAAGUGAUUCAAAAGCAACAUAUGUUCAUGUAUAUUAAUAUUUCAGUGAUUUGUUUUUGUUAUGUAUGCCCAAGGAACUGCGCAAGUCAAGUGCAACAAAUACUGUUAAUAAAGAUAUGACUACAGACUAAUUGGUUUGGUUGAAAGUGGAUAGUACAACAUGUAACCUUGCUUAUGACAAUAGUACUGUAAAGUAUGUGAGUUAAAAACACACACACACUCACACACACACACAAAGGCAUCAGUGAAGAGCACUCUGUUGGCAAAAAAAAACAUAACUAUGCAAUAUAUGUAUUUGAAUAUAAGUAUAAAGAUACCGCAUUCAAAAGAUAAACGUAUAUGUCAUCAAUGUUUAAUGUCAUUGAGCCACAAAAUGUUUCAGAUAGAUACCUGAAUUAAAAACAAAAAUGGGUUAAACCAUUUGCUUAUAAAACAAUGCACUUCCAUUCAUAAUACAGAUUUAUAACAAUGUGUUUACUAACCCUAAUCUUACUAAAAUACUGGCAAUGGAGAUCAUGUGUCAAUUUUUUUUGAAUGGUAACCACAGUUUUUUUUUUUUUUUUGUUUGUUUUUUUAAGCGCAAUACAAGAUGUGCUAAUUAGAAACUUUAUAUACAAACACAGACAAUGUAUAGGAUUAUUCUUUUGCUUUUAAAAUCCAUCAUUUAUGUUCUGGUUUUCUGUUUUUUAUUUAGUUUUUUUUAAAUUAUUUGUCUUUAAAAGACUUUAAUGUAUAGCUAUGUUUAUAAGGGUAAAAUACGAUAUAAUGUACAUCUUGUAAUAAAUAAUAUUUUCCAAAUAGCUUGGUGAUAGCUGAGCUUUUGCUAUAUUUUCAAUAAUUAUUUCUAGAAUAUAUAUAUUUUUUUUUUUAAUAAAAACUAUUUACUUAAAACAUGUUUAUUUUUUUUUUAUUUUUAAAGCAGGUGUCAUUUCAAUUGUUUUAUGUGGAGUUCCUGUAAGUUUAAAUUAACUUCUUCUGGCAGUGAUUUUUGUAUUAAAUUAUAUAGGAAUGUUAAAACUUAGCUGCCAAGUACCGUAUCAAACCAAAAAUUUGAAACAGAUCAUAAUUUGAUAUGAAAUUUACAAUGCAGAUGCCAAGAAGUAACUCAGUACAGUAAGUUGCUUCAAAUGUAAUUUUAAUUUUUUUUUUAUGUGUCCCAAUACUGUAACUUUCAAAUAAAGAAACGCAUAGCA